AUGGAUCUGGCGACGGGGGCCAUGGGCAGCCUCCUCCUCAAGCUCGGCGGCCUCCUUACGGACGAGUACAAGCUGCAGGCCGGAGUCAAGGAAGACGUACAGUACCUCAAGAGAGAGCUGACAAGCAUGUACGCCGCCCUCCGCAAGGUCGGGGACGUGCCGCGGGACGAGCUCGACGUGCAAGUCCAGCUCUGGGCCGACGACGUCAGGGACCUCUCAUACAGAAUGGAGGACGUCGUCGACAAGUUCCUGGUGCGCGUCGAGGGCCCCAAGGCUUCUUCCGCUGCCGCCGACAAACCACGCAAGCUCAAACGGCUCAUGGAGAAGAUGGGCGACCUGUUCACCAAGGGCAGGACUCGCCACCAGAUCGCCGACGAGGUCAAGGGCAUCAAGGCCCGAGUCCAGGAGGCAGCUGACCGGCGUGAUAGGUACAAGGUCCAUGAUGUGGUUGCUAGUCCAGCAGGCUCAGCAACGGUUGACCCUCGCCUGAUGUCUCUGUAUAAAGAUCGGAAAGAACUGGUUGGCAUCGAUGAGCCGUUGAGCAACCUAACUGAGAUGCUGACUGAGGGGGAUACUGAUGUGUCCAGGCAACUUAAGAUAGUUUCUAUUGUUGGAUUCGGAGGUCUUGGCAAGACUAGUCUUGCUAAAGCAGUGUAUGAUAAGCUCCAAUGGCAAUUCGAUUGCAGCGCUUUUGUUCCGGUGGGACUGAAAUCUAGCGUGAAGAAACUUCUCAAUGACAUUCUUUUUGAAAUCGACAAGCAAAAGCAUCAGGAUUCUAUUUUAUCUUCAUGGGACGAAAGGCAGCUCAUCGACCAACUCAGAAGAUCACUGGCGACCAAGAGGUACUUCAUCGUGAUUGAUGAUAUGUGGGAUACAGAAGCGUGGGAAAUAAUCAGAUGUGCUCUUGUUGAUAAUAAUUGUGCAAGCAGGAUAGUCACAACUACUCGUAUUCUCGAGGUUGCGACAAAAACCGGUGAAGUAUACAAGCUAAAACCACUUUCUCAUGAUUUAGCUGAGGAACUAUUUCAUACAAGACUGUUUGGUGGCAAAAACAAAGGCGCUUGUCAUCAGCCAGCAGAGGUAUACGAGAAAAUGUUGCGUAAAUGUGGUGGUGCACCGUUGGCUAUAAUCACAAUGGCUAGCUUGCUUGUUGGUAAACCAGUGGAGUUUUGGUCUAAGGUGUACAACUCAAUUGGUUUUGGAAAUGAAGAUAACAAAGAUGUCCACAACACGAGGAAGAUACUUUUAUUUAGCUACUAUGAUCUUCCUUGCUAUCUAAGGACUUGCUUAUUGUAUAUGAGCAUAUAUCCAGAAGAACAUCUAAUCGAGAAAGAUAGUCUGAUAUGGAAGUGGGUUGCCGAGGGUUUUAUUCAUGAGGAAGCAGGGGUAGGAUUAUAUGAGAUUGGUGAAAGAUAUUUCAACGAGCUGAUAAAUAAAAGCAUGAUACAACCGGUAGAUUCCCACCCGUAUGAUCGCACCAUUACAGGUUACUACGACAUCAUUACGGGUUGCCGUAUUCAUGAUAUGGUUCUUGACAUGAUCUGUCGGUUAGCAAAGGAAGAAAACUUUGUCACUGCAUUGUACAAUAAUGAGCAACAAGCAUAUACAGUACAUGACAAUGUCCGUAGGUUAGCUGUUGGAGACAAAAACUGUCUGGCUAACACAUGUAUGCCACAAGUAAGGUCAUUUAAUGUCUUGAGUACCGAUGUUAAGCUGCCAUCGCUUUCAUGCUUUCAAGUUUUACGUGUCCUAGCUCUAGAAGGUGAUACCUCUUCUGAACAUGACACUACUUGCCUUGAGCAUCUUGGAAAGUUAGUUCACUUGAGGUAUCUUGGACUAAGGAAUAUAAAUAUCAGUGAGCUCCCAAAGGAAAUAGGAGAUCUAAAAUUCUUACAGAUGUUGGAGAUGAAGGAUUGCAACAAACUACUGAAACUGCCACAGAGUAUUGGUCAAUUAAGUCAACUCAAGUGCCUGCGUGUUUACGCGGACCGGUUUUCGAUGCUGCAAUGUCUGGAAGACACAGCACUAGACUGGAUCAGAAACCUGACAUCUCUGGAAGAGUUAUGCUUAUUGAACGUCAGUGAGUCCUCAAACUUUGUGAAUGAUCUCGGAAAGCUGACAGAGUUGAGGAAGCUUUGCAUUGUAUCUUUACGGUUGAAGAGUGCGAGCUUGAUAAAAGAUUGGGAGGAGUCUCUAGCCAAACUGCAGAAAAUUCAGGUCAUAGACAUUGGUUGGUUUAUAUAUAAAGAAGAAGGUGAUGCCACCUACUGCCGAGAAGGCUAUGUCCCCCCUCGCCAACUCCGUGUUCUGCAUAUGCAGUACAAACAACCUGGGCUGCCUAUAAAGAUUAGUCCAUCUCUUCAACCAAACCUCUCCCACUUAUCAUUACAAGUGAAUGCUCUAGAGGUGGAGAUCUUUGGAAGGUUCCCAGAGCUCGUUACUCUCCAGCUGGAUGUGAAUACUUAUCACUAUGAUGUCACGGGAGCUCCAGGUGCAUUCCCCAAGUUGAGAGCUUUCAAGACGGAUGGAACGCCCCGUUUCCUUGGAGUAAUGCCAAACCUUGAAUAUCUCGAGUUCGUCGUCUCAGUUAUGGACCUCAACACUAAACCUGACUUUGGUAGCUUGGUGAAUCUCCCUAUGCUUCGGAGAGUCGUAAUUCUAGUAUGGUACAACUUCAAUGAAUUCGAUUCAGAGAAGGCUAAGGAUGUGGUGAGGGAGGCAAUCUUUUCCGGCCCCAGUGGUUUCACAUUUGAACUGAAGACGUACUAA